AUGACAACAAACGACGCUUUAAACUUAUCAGUAUCUCCGUCGCCUCCUGCUUGCAGGCCAAAAGAGCAUCCAGUUAGUCCAGUAGAUGUAAUACCUUCAAGAUCCUCGUCGCAGGAAGGGCAUUUUUUAAAUGAUUUUGAUUCUGGAAACGAAGUUCAAGGGAUUUAUAGUGAUGAUAAUGGAGGUUAUAGUCUUGUCACUCCCGCAGGUUCUCCCUACAGAAUCAAAACUCCGAAGAAUGUUCAGUCGUAUAGUCCACCCCAUAACUUUUAUCCUGAGCACACAUUUGUAGGAUGUUCUUCGAUAACUGACUAUGAGAUAAAAGACAAACUUGGCGAGGGAACAUUUGGUGAGGUUCACAAGGGUGUUCAUAAAAAGUCUAAGAAUAUUGUUGCUUUGAAGAGAAUCUUGAUGCAUAAUGAAAAAGAAGGUAUUCCAAUUACUGCGAUCAGAGAAAUAAAGAUUCUCCGGCAACUUAGUCAUACGAACGUUGUCACGCUGAGUGAUAUGGCGUUUGAAUAUGGUGAUAAGGAAGAUCAGCCUUCGAUAUAUAUGGUAUUCCCUUAUAUGGACCAUGAUCUAGCUGGUCUUCUAGAGAAUAAAGAUGUUCAAUUCGCUCCUUCACAAAUCAAAUGUUAUUUAAAGCAAUUAUUGGAAGGAACCUUCUACCUUCAUCAA